ACAAGAAAUAAAAAAAUGACUUCGGUGCUAAUUGAUAAUAAAAUGCUUGCUAAAAAUAAAUUGUAUAUUCUGGCUGUUUCUGGUGGUCCAGACAGCCUAUUUUUGCUUGAAAAAAUGCGCCUUGGGGGAUACAAUUUGGCAGUUGCUCAUGUUAAUUAUAAAAAGAGAAAAAAUAGUGAUUAUGACGAAAAAAUAGUGAAAAAUUAUUGUCAAAAAUAUUCUUUGCCCUGCGAAAUUUACCAAGUUCAAAAUUCAGAAUACAAUUCAGUCAGCAAUUUUCAAGACCGAGCCCGCCAAAUCCGCUACAAUUUUUUUCAAAAAUUAGCCGCCAAAUACCAAACUAAAUAUAUCGUCGUUGCCCACCACCGAGACGACCAUCGCGAAACUUAUCUGCUCCAAAAGCAAAAAAAAUCAUUACAAAUUUGUCAAUAUCUAAUUGAAAAUAAAAUAGAUUAUGCUGUUGAUACCACCAACCAAUUACCGAUUUAUCAGCGUAAUAUUAUCCGCCAGCAAAUAGCCGACUUAACCCCCGAACAAAAGGUCCUGCUAGACAAAGAAAUUGAAAAAAAAAACCAAGGUUUUUCCGAUCCUGACCAAAAGACUUUUGGAUUACGCAAGAAAGAGAGUGGAACCUUGGAAAUUGAAGGCUUGAGCCAAGACGAAGCUGAAUAUGCUGCCCAUCCCUGGGGAAAAAGAGGCCACUAUCGGCUUUACGGAGAAGCAAAAAAUUUCUUCAAAAGGCUGGUCGGCAAGUCUACUAUUUAUAAUGCUCUUUGUGAACUCGAACCAUACGAAGUAAGAGACAAAGAUAUCGAUUUUGUCGGAUUCACCAGCCCAAAAAAGAUCAAAAUUGCCAUCAUUGAGUCUCAUAAUAAGUUUAACCUUUUUGAAGAAAAAAAACCGUGGUUUACUUUUGAGAAUGCAAUCAAAUUGAUAACUACUGUGGCCUCUCUUUUAGUAGCGUUUUACAUUUUUGAUAUGUUUUUUGGCACCAAUAUCCUUGGGGCAAUUGCUUAUCCUUUUCGCAAUUGGGGAGGAGGAACUGGAGAAGCAGAUGUUCCGAAAAUUGGUUACAAAGAUGUAGGAGGUUAUGAUGAAGGAGUCAAGGUUCCUACAAGCACAAUAUUAUAUGGUCCGCCCGGCAACGGCAAGACCUUAGUGGUUAGAGCCACCGCUGGCGAGUGUAAAAAACCUUUUCUCUUUCGCUCGGGUUCCGAGUUUGAGGAGUCAGUGGUAGGACUAGGAGCCAGGAGGAUGCGAGACCUUUUUCGCCGAGCCCGUGAACUGGCUAAAUUAUAUGGAUUUUGCUUUGUUUUCAUUGAUGAAAUUGACACAAUUGGUCGUAAAAGAUACUCAGGCCAUUCUGGGCAUGCUGAACAGACCCUAAAUCAAUUACUAACUGAGUUGGAUGGAUUUCGUCCUCGCAAUAAUGUUAUUGUCCUAGCAGCCACCAAUUCUCUACAUGUUUUAGAUAGUGCUCUAUUGAGACCAGGCCGAUUCGACCGCAAGAUUUAUGUCCCUUCUCCCAAUUUAAAAAGCAGACGAGAAAUUAUUAAACUUUGUGCUCGCAAACUGUUACUAAAACCUAAUGUCGAUUUGGAAGAGAUUGCGUCUUUGACUAAGGGUCUAAGCGGAGCACAAAUUACCAGUAUGUUUAAUGAGGCUUCUAUUUUAAGCAUCCGCAGCGGCCAAAAAUACAUUGACUAUGAAAUGAUUUUUGAAGCCUUUGACCGAGUAUUAAUGGGACCUUCUUGGACCAGCCAGACUCUAACUCCGGACAAAAAAAAAAUAGUGGCUUAUCAUGAAGCCGGCCAUGCAGUCAUUGGUCUGAGUUUGCCGGAAACAAUUGUCAAAAAAAUUACUAUUAUUCCACGUUUGUCAGCCGGCGGCUACACUUGGGUUGAUUUGUAUGGAGAAAAAGGUGACGAUUACCUUAUUAACAAAAGCCAAAUGCUAGCCCAAGUGAUGUCUUUUUUGGGUGGACGAGCCAGCGAAGAGUUAAUUUUUGGCUUGGAAUAUAUCACCAUCGGUGCUUAUAGCGAUUUUAAGCAAGCCGCUAGCAUUAUUCGAGACCUAAUUCUGCGUUAUGGAAUGUCGGAUUUAGGGAUUGUUCCAACCCAAGAAACUUUUUUUUCUAGUGAAGAGAUACCACCAGAAUUACCCGAAGUUGCCAAGCAAAAAAUCGAGCAGGAGCGAGAAAAAAUAAUGAAUCAAUGUUGA